ACAAGCACAACUCCAUUCCUCUCCCUCUCUCUCUUGCUUGCUUGGCCUGUUCCUCUCUCAUCGCAUCAGCAAAGAGAUAGAGAGAGAUGUCGAUGAGCUUCCUGAGCAUGGUGGAGACGGAGCUGCCGCCGGGGUUCCGGUUCCACCCGAGAGACGACGAGCUCAUCUGCGACUACCUCGCGCCCAAGGUCACUGGCAAGGUCGGCUUCUCCGGCCGCCGCCCGCCCAUGGUCGACGUCGACCUCAACAAGGUCGAGCCAUGGGACCUCCCCGUGACUGCAUCGGUGGGCGGCAAAGAAUGGUAUUUCUACAGCCUAAAGGAUCGGAAAUAUGCGACGGGGCAGCGCACAAACCGAGCUACUGUGUCGGGAUACUGGAAGGCGACUGGGAAGGAUAGGGUGGUGGCACGACGAGGCGCCCUAGUGGGGAUGAGGAAGACAUUGGUGUUCUACCAAGGGAGGGCCCCUAAAGGGAGGAAGACUGAAUGGGUGAUGCAUGAAUACAGGCUGGAGGGUGCACAUGAGCAAGCUUCCAAGCAGGAGGACUGGGUCCUGUGCAGAGUCAUCUGCAAGAAGAAAUCAGGAGUUGGUGCCACCCCCAGGCCAAGGAACCUCACCAACAUCGUCCAUGGCACAUCCACAGACACCUCCUCACCACCACUGCCGCCUCUCAUGGACACCACCCUAGCACAGCUCCAGGCCACCAUGAACACCUCCGCCGCCGCCGCACUUGAGCAAGUGCCCUGCUUCUCCAGCUUCAGUAAUAACAGUGCCAGCAACAGCAGCUACCUCCCCAUGGUGACAGGCAACAGUAAUGGCAUGAGCUACCUGGACCAUGGCCUGCCUGACUUUGGGAGCUACCUAGACCCCGCCUUGAACUGUGACAAGAAGGUCCUUAAGGCAGUGCUGAGCCAGCUGAGCUCCAUGGGUGGUGAGGUGGUGCCGAGCAUGUCUCCUCAGAUGGCUGCUGCAGUGAGCUCUACUUGGAACCACUUCUAGGCAAAUUUGUUUAUUUAUCGAGACAACAUAAGCAGACAACUGGCUAGCUAGUAGUUAAUCUGCAGUGUGUGUGAUGAUUUCAUAUCAAAAUGUAUAAUUAUGUCUGUUUGGUGCAAUGUUUCUUGAGUGUGAGUAUUAGUAGAGGACGCGGUGAUUUUCUUUUUCUCCAGUCGAUUUUGGAGGACUAAAACCCUGGAAUGAUUUUUUUUUUGGAGAACCACUCUAAUGAUUGCUGAAGUAUGUA